GGCGUAGUUUCGUGGACAAUUGGGCGGUGCAUUGAUGAGGUCAUCGGAGUAAACAGAAAAGAUGGCGACGCCAUGCACGGGAGAUCGGUUUUUAGGGACAAGCGCGGUAAUCUCGGAGGGUUUCGCCAAGCAGUUAACCGAUUUACCAGCGGAAUUAUUAGAGCAUAUAUUGUGCUUCCACGUUCUAAACCAUAUCGACAUCUGCAACGUUUCCAGCACGUGCAAGAGGCUGCAUGACGUGUGCCAUGGCAGGGGAAAGGUCUGGGCGCAUCAGUACAAGCUCAGGUGGCCCAGGCUGCAGAGAUUUUAUCAGCAGAAUGAAUCAUAUGAUUGGCUGAAGGAAUUCAAAACGCGGCACGUGGUUGGUCAACAGAUAAGAAGAACAGUAGAGUCUAUUUCCAAGAGGUUCUUCACAGAAGUUCCUUGCGUUGGUCAGGUUCUUGGAGACAGCUUUGCUGAAAUCGAGUCUCUUGGUGCUCCAGAACACUUCUGUGAGGAUGAACUGCUUGGAAUUUUGAACUCAGACGUAAGGAAAUGUUUGACACUUAAGUACUAUGCAAAGAAAAUCCUGUACUUCCUCCGGCAGCAGAAUAUUUUGAGGAACUUGAAGGUUUUUCUUGAGCGAGCGCCAGAACAACAAUCAGCCCUUGAAGGUGCUGUUUUGGUCGAUCAGUAUUGCAACCCUCUGGCUGAUAUCACUCUUGAGAGCAUAUCUGCACAGAUAGAAGAAAUCACAGACAAGGUGAAGAAGUGUCUGCGAGUAAAAAAUACCGCACAUCCAAGUCUACGAACCAGUCAAGGCGACUGCUUUGUUCUGGAAAACUUGGAGCUUCAAAGGCAGGUCAUAUGUGCUCUGAAUGCUGUGCUGUAUGACCAGCUACAGUACAAGGGCAAUGAGCGUGACUACUACAAUCCACUCAACUCAUACAUACAUCAGGUGCUGCUCCGUCGGACAGGCAUUCCCAUCAGCCUCUCCGUGCUCUACAUGACUCUGGCCAGAAAGUUAGGAGUACCUCUGGAGCCUGUGAACUUCCCCAACCAUUUCCUGCUCCGCUGGUGCCAAAAUCAAAGGAGGAGUGAUGACAUCUAUGACUAUGUCUACAUUGACGCGUUUGGGAAAGGAAAGCAGCUGGCUGCUAAAGAGUGUGAGAAUCUGAUCCGACACCAGGUGGGAGCAGACUACUACAGCGCUAUAAGCAGCAGCGAGCUUCUGCUGAGGAUGGUGGGAAACCUGCUGAACAUCGGCAAACGAGGGGAAGGAAACGAGAAAUCAUAUCAGCUCCUGCGGGACUCUCUGGAUCUCUACCUCACUAUUAACCCUGAUAAUGUGCAGUAUCUUCUGCUGCAGGCCCGCCUCUACUUCCACCUGGGCAUCUGGCCUGAGAAAGUACUGGAUAUUCUACAGCACAUCCAGGCUCUUGACCCGACUCAGCAUGGAGCGGUCGGGUAUCUGGUGCAGCACACGCUCGAGCACAUCCAGCAUAAGAGGCAUCCAGUAGAGCUGGAGGUGAAGAAACGCAGUGUGCCUGAGCACAGGGACGUACUGUACUCUGUAGGCCUCAUCAUGAAACAUAAGAGGUCAGGCUACAACUGCGUUAUCUACGGAUGGGACCCUAAAUGCACCAUGAGUCAGGAGUGGAUUAACACAAUGAGGGUCCAUCAGCUGUCUAAGGGGGCUGAUCAGCCAUUCUACAACGUCCUGGUGCAGGACGGUACAUGUAGAUAUGCUGCACAAGAGAAUCUGGAGCCUCACUCGGCCCCGCCGGAGAUCGCUCACCCUGAGGUCGGCCGCUACUUCACCGAGUUCGCUGACACACACUACAUCGCUAAUGAAGAGCUCCAGGCGCAUUACCCAGAGGACAUGUGCAAGACCCACGGGACUGUAGAGGAGCACUACCACGGUCUCACCCCAAACUCAGGGCAAUCACCAGAGCCCACCGCCAAUUUUCAGGACCACGAUUUAUUAGAUCCGUAGACCAGAAUGUCACUUGCCUCCCUCCCUCCCCCACUCCCCACUUUAGAUGUUUGGUCGUUCACUUUUUCCUGAACUGUUAUAACUGAUGAGGGACUAAACUUGAUGUUUGAAGAUCUAGUUAAAGAAAUAGUUCAUCCAAAAAUUAUUUUUUUUUAUUUCAUUUACUCGCCCCUCAUUCCAUCUAAGAUGUAGUAAAGUUUGUUUCUUCAUCAGAACAGAUUUAGCUCAAUUUAGCAUAUUUGUUCACCAAUGAAUCCUCUGCAGUGAAUGGGUGCCGUCAGAAUGAGAGUCAAACAGCUGAUAAAAACAUCAUAAUAAUCCACAAGUAAUCCACAUCACUUCAGUCGAUCAGUUAACAAAUUGUACAGAGAAAUGCUGCAUAAAGACAUUUUAACUUUAAGCCAUCACUUCUAAGCAAAAUCUGAGUCCAUAAUACAAAAAAUGCUUCAUGCAGUCUUUAAAAUCAAAAUCCACUGACAUAUCUUAUUAGAACUGCUUUUACUGAUAAACAGUGCUUGAUCGGUGCACAUUUCUCUCCUGAUUUAGAAAAGACAACUUUUUUACUGUAGAAAGCAAAAUUAUGGAUAGAGGACUCAUAUUUUAGCCGGAAGAAAUGGUUUGAAGUUGAAAACGUCUUGAUGCAUUUGUUUCCUACAAACACACAGCUUUUCACGUUAAGUGAUGGACUGGUGUGUAUAAUUGUGUUGUUUUUAUCAGCUGUUUGGACUCUCAUUCUGACGGCACCCAUUCACUGCAGAGGAUCCAUUGGUCUGAUGGUUAUGUAAUGCUACAUUUCUCCAAAUCUUUUCUGAUGACGAAACAAACUCAUCUACCCCCAUAUGGCAUGAUGGUGAGUACAUUUUCAUAUUUGGGUGAACAAUUCCUUCAAGGCAAAACCAGUCUAAGAUCAGUAGUUUUUCUCUCACUGAUUUCAAUUGUACAACAUCCUGGUCCUAGAUUAGUUUUAAGCGCAACUUUGACCCAGAGCUGCAAAUGUCGUCUAAACUGAAAGAAACUACAUGUGUUGUAUUUGAGUGGUUGAGUUACAGUAUUUGUGCAGAUACAAAAUAAACUCUAGCUAGUAUGUAUAUGUGAACAUACACUACAGGUGUACAGUCUGAAUAUCUGUAUAUGUGUUGAUGAUCAACUUCAGGCCCGUUUCAUUCAUAACACAUCUCACUGAACUAAUGCACUAAUGUCACAUAUGUUAAUAUGUUAACUAACAUGCACUUGACAUGAGUUACAAUCUCUAAAGCUAUUAUUAAUAUAUUAUGUAAUAUUUUGUAAUGUUUAUUUCAAAGUUAUAUAUAUAUAUAUAUAUAUAUAUAUAUAUAAACUAGAGAAUAAGGGCUCAAGGAAUUCUUGGCUCUCUGGGGUUGUAAAUACAAAAGUAUUGAAAAUAUAAGAGAAUCAAUCACAAUUAAAGAAUAAUCUCUACUUUGAUGGUCUGGUUAUUUAUUAUUUAAUUUUUAUGACUUAUCUACUUAUUUGGAAGUGAAGAGAUUUUAGAUACCUAAUUAUUUAAGUGUACUCAUUGAAUC